ACAGUGCUUGAACUGAGCCAUUGUUCAGGGGCUCAUUAUCAGGCUAUUCAACUCCACUAAUCAUGCACAAACACUUCAUGAAGUUCCGAACGGUUUCAACCUUUGUACUUGGAGGAUUGGGACACGCUGUAGUUAAGGAGUGACGUCAACGAGGCAUUUGGAGUGAUGGCUAUAGCACCCAGCUGGGACCUAGAGGAGCAACUGUGAAGCAGUGACACAGUGGACACACCUGUGAUACAGUGGCCACACCUGUGAUACAGUGGCCACACCUGUGAUACAGUGAGCACACCUACAGGGGCAUCACACCCUGACCAUCUGCUUCUCUCAACAGUCUGGCUCACUCUCCCAGUCUUACGGCCGCUCUACCAGUCUUACGGCCGCUCUCCAAGUCUUACGGCAGCUCUACCAGUCUUACGGCCGCUCUCCCAGUUUUACUACAGCUCUACCAGUCUUACGGCCGCUCUCCCAGUCUUACUGCAGCUCUACCAGUCUUACGGCAGCUCUCCCAGUCUUACGGCCGCUCUCCCAGUCUUACUGCAGCUCUACCAGUUUUACUGCAGCUCUACCAGUCUUACGGCAGCUCUCCCAGUCUUACUGCAGCUCUACCAGUCUUACGGCAGCUCUCCCAGUCUUACGGCCGCUCUCCCAGUCUUACGGCCGCUCUCCCAGUCUUACGGCCGCUCUCCCAGUCUUACAGCAGCUCUCCAAGUCUUACGGCCGCUCUCCAAGUCUUACGGCCGCUCUCCAAGUCUUACGGCCACUCUUCCAGUCUUACGGCAGCUCUCCUUUUCUAUCAUUCUAAGACUGAAGGUUUAUCUUGAAGUACUGCCUCGUUAUCUACUGCCUCGUUCUCUACUGCCUCGUUAUCUACUGAAUCGUUAUCUACUGCCUCGUUAUCUAAAGAAAAUCUCUUCAUGACAAGUUUCUGCUCGUAAUUGAGUCUUUGGUUAUCAACCCCAAUGAUGCAUCAGAUAGUGACUGCGGUGCGCCAGAAUGCUUUACUCUACUGAAUAAACAUUAUACAAUUUGUAUAAUAAAAUGUGGAUUUUAAGGAUAAACUUGUGUUGUAAAACAGGAUUAAAAAGGAACAUUGCAUAUAGGGAGAAGGUGAGUGCAAGAAAGUGAGAGAGCGCGCCAAGAGUACAAGAGACAUGGAGGCUCUUGGAGCCGCUUGCCCGCCUGGCCAAGUUUCCCGCGCAUAAUGUGGCCCAGGUGGCGGGGUGUCGUCGUCCUUUACUGCGCGUCGGGCCCCCCCUACACUAGGGGGCACCGCGCCCCCCUAUUCUGCCCCCUGUCUUCCCUCACCCCACCACUACCAUGACUGACACACCCACUUACCAGUCUUCCAAGCGACAGUUCGAGCUCCCUGUUCUAGUCUAGUGAAGAAGACAUGCCGCUCAAAUCUCCAGUCAAGCAAUCGGCGGUUCAACACCUGAGACGGCCGAGAAGUCCUGACCUGUGGGCGUGGCUACGGGCUUGGUUGUGGGCGUGCGUGGUGGCGUGGGCGUCCGUGGUGGCGUGGGCGUCCGUGGCAGCACACGCAAUGCCUCAGGAGUUCCCAGAGGCCGCUGAAGACAACCACUUCAUCUUCGGACCCGAUGGAACCUAUUCCUUCUCUUACGACACUGGUUCGGGAGAGCACCAGAGCUUCAGGACAGAGGCGAGGGACUCAGAAGGUCGUGUAACCGGCCGCUUCGGUUAUGUGGACCCCGACGGUGUGUUGCGGAUAACUGAGUACCAGGCUGACAGUGGCGGAUACCGAGCGAAUAUGGAAAUCUACCACCUUGUGAGCAUGUCUCCUCGCACCCCUUUGCUGGUUGGACCUCUCCCGCAGCCUGUCUCACAGCCCCAAAGUUUACCUGAUUUGAAAGAGGCUCUGCAGCACACAACCAGUGGACCUGUUGAACCAUCUCCCUUCAUCCCACCUCAGAGGCCAGUCCUCAUCAUAGGACCAUUACCUAAACCCCUCCAGCCACCACGGAGCUUGCUGGACCAGUCGCCACCAGAUCUAAGUGAAGAUACACUACUGGGAGCGUCUCCAGAAUCUCUCUCACUUCUCCCUCCUCCAGAUUUCCUGCGAGGCCCGAGGAUAAAUGACUCGUUGCGAAUCUCCUCGCCCGAGGUACUACACGAGGAGAUAUUAGAUGUUAUUAUACAACAUGCACGUGAAGAUGUUUAUGAAGACUCUGAGACAGAAUUGCCAAAUACUUCUUUUCUGAAUGCCACAUUUGAACUUAAUAAUAAUAAUACUUUUGAAAGUACAGAUUUGCAAAUAGAGUCCCCACAGUCAACUUUAGAUCACAGUUAUAAAGAUUUACUUCAAGAAUCAGAACAGACAGGUAUAGAAAUGACUGCUUUUGAUACAGUUAAGAAUGCUGAUGAUUCUACCUCAACAAGUCCCAAGGUUCCUUUAGGCUCAAUCGAAGACACCAUUUCAAUAAGUGUAGCAAAUAAUGCAGAAAAUAAUUCAACUCAAACCAAUUUAUCGGUGUAUGUUUCCAAUGUAACGUUUGAUACAUCUGUGGAAAUUAACCCUGAACAACCCAGGAAACAUAAAACAGAAAUAAGACAAAACAACUUUCAAACUGCAUUUUUUAAUGAAACUAGUGAAACUGUAUCACAAAUGCCACCAGUCACAGUGGAAACUAAUACAGCAACUAUUUCUCAGAGCAAAAUAGCAAGUGUAUCUUCACAAGAACUUGGUACUUCUCUGCCUGAUCAAGGGGGUAUAUCAUCACUUGAAUAUAACACCUCUUUGGUUGAUCACAGGAGUGCAUCUUCACCAGAACUUGGUACCACUGUGAUUUAUCACGGGAGUGCAUAUUCACCAGAAAGUGGUACCACUGUAACUGAUCACAAGAGUGCAUCUUCAUCAGAACGUGGUACCACUGUGACUGAUCACAAGAGUCCAUCUUCACCAGAACUUGGUACCACUGUGACUGAUCACAGGAGUGCAUCUUCACCAGAACUUGGUACCAUUGUGACUGAUCACAGGAGUGCAUCUUCACCAGAACUUGGUACCACUGUGACUGAUCACAGGAGUGCAUCUUCACUAGAACCCGGUAACACUGAGGUUGAUCAUGGGAGCGCAUCUUCACCGGACCUUGGUAAGACUGUGGCUGAUCACAGGAAUGGUGCCGACCAGCCAAGUACUCUCACUAACAGACGUCCCGCAGUGCCUGCCAUUACUUACCUUCCAGUGAGUGGCUAUAGUUAUGAUAUUCCUACGGAUGUUUACUCAGAGCUGCCACUAGCCUUUACCCCAUUUGCAUGAGAGCAAACCAUAGUGUAUGUAGCUGGGGAUCACUGUUUUUAAGACUGGUGACAGACUGUAUUUUUCAGAAAUUGUCAAAAAAAAAAAUGUAUAGAAUUGCAGUUGUUGAAUCUGUUUGUAUCCUAUUGUGACUUACAGGGAGAAGAACUAAGUGCCUAUAAGCAUAUACAUAUGUAUGUAUGAAUGAUUAUAAGACUUUGCAAUUUACUGAGGCUGUUUUGUGGUGAUCAGGCUUCAAAAUAAGUUUUAAAGUCUGCUGCCAGGAUUAUGUUCCAUGAGUGAUAGAGCAGAUGAGCUCAAGAAGUGAGUGGUGCCAUGCAGAGCAGCAGUGCACAUGGUUCAAGACAUUGUCAUAUAUAAUAAGCUCCUUUCUUCUACUCCCAAACCUGUGUAUUGAAGGACUAUUAGUGUCCUUACUCUAGCUAGUCAAUCCCCAGAGAUAUAGUUACCAUACUAUGUCUUUAAAUUAUAGUUAUUCUAUGAUGAUACCUUUGGUUACAAGGUAAUUUAUUUUGGGGGACAGAAGCAUACAAAGUUAGGGCUACAGUCAUGAAGCAAUCUGGCUAUAGUUAUACAAAAAAAAGAUUGUCUUAACUUAUUAUAAGUGAUGAAUGUAGUAAUCAUGUGAUUGGAGUCAAACCUACUUGUUACUUAUUAUGCUACAAAAAAGGCAUUACAAAAAAGUAGGGAGACACCUUUAAAACAAUAUGUUUAUAAAUAUCCUCCUCUUAAGAGAAGUGAGGGCAUUUUAAUUCAUCUUUACACAAGACAUAAGACAUACCUAAUGUUAUUUCACCAAUGUUUACUUUCUCUACAGUUCCUAAAGGGGCAUAGCUUUCUUUAGUCCAGUGAUUCAGGCUACAGUUGUAAUUUGGUAAAAAAAAAAAAAUCAUGGCAUACACCUGUAUUUUAACAAAUACCUGUACCUUGUAAAAUGUAAACAAUAAAUUAAUUAUAAAUUAUACGGUCAUGCAAUAAAGUCAUACAUUUCU